AUGUCAGACUCUUCUGUUUGUUCGGAUUCAAACUUAGAGUGCGAAUACAAAAAAAUAGAUUCUAAUAAAGAUCUUAAAAAACGUGAUUUCAUAAAAGAUGAAACUUCAUCAAUAAAUACUUCAUUAACCAAAUCUUCUUAUGAAGAUAUUCUUGACCAACUUAUUUCUAAACGUCACUAUCGAGUAACCAAUUGUUCGGGAGAUAACGAAAAUAAUGAUGAUGAUGACGAGGAUACCAAUCAUUUUGAUCCUGAUCAAAAUAAACUUAAAAUUUUAUUUGGCCUUUUAAAAAAUUUCAUCGGUGUUAAAGAUAUGGUUUCCUUACGUAUUUCUCUUCCUUCACAAUUACUCGAACCUAUAGGAAAUUUGGAAUAUUGGAAUUAUAAUGAUAGACCAGAUUAUUUAAUUUGUAUUGGUGACUCAGAUGAUCCACUUGAGAGAAUGCUUGCAGCAAUUCGAUGGUGGUUUUCCAGAGAUUUGAAAUAUGUGAAAGGAAAAAUAAUAAAACCUUACAAUUCAAUUCUCGGAGAACAAUUUAUUUGUCACUGGGAUGUGACAACUCCAAAAUUUGAUGAAAGAGGUCAUUUCAUAAAUCAUAAUAAUAACAAAAAUGGUUUCUCAAAUAAUAAUGAUGAGAUAAAAUAUCGAGUAACUUGUCUCAAUGAACAAAUUUCUCAUCACCCACCUGUAUCGGCUUUUCAUUAUAAUUGCGAAGAAACUGGGGUUUCUGCUUAUGGAAUAGAUCAAAUUGUAGCAAGAUUUACUGGAACAUCUGUAAAAAUUGGACCAGGGGAACAAAAUAAAGGAAUAUAUAUUAAUUUGGUCAAAAGAGGAAACGAAGAAUAUUUAAUAACUCAUCCAACAGCUUCACUUCAAGGAUGGUUAAAAGCAUCGUUAUACAUUGUUUUAGGUGAAAGCUGUAUAAUGACAUGUCCUAAAACAAAAUUGAAAGCUAUUUUAGAAUAUAAAGAAGAGAAAUGGCUUGGGAAACCCAAGUUUGCAAUAGAAGGGAAAAUAUUUAGAUAUGAUCCAGAGAAUGAUGAUAAUAUAAAAAAAUUAAGAAGUGUUGAUGAAAAUAAUGUUUUGGCCGAAAUAAUAGGAAGUUGGCGUGGAAAAGUUCAUGCCAAAAGAUUGGACACAGAUGAAACAAAAUUACUUAUAGAUAUGGAAAAACUUGUAACAAUUCCUAAAAUUGUACGACCUAUUAUAAAACAAGGUCCACUCGAAUCAAGAAAUAUAUGGAAACCAGUAUCAAUGGCAUUAUUUCAAAGAGAUUAUACAACUGCAACUAUGGAAAAGAUUGUAAUUGAGGAAAAACAAAGACAAAAGGCUAUGGAAAGAAAAGCAAGGAACGAAGAAUAUGAUGCCAUGUAUUUUAAAUUACCAGUUAUUGAUGGUAAACCUAUAUUGAAAGAAACAUCAUUCAAAUAA